AUGUAUGUACAUGCAUAUGGUACUAUACCAGAGAUUACAAAGAGGAUAGAGUUUUUAGGUGGUAUUAAAGUAUCAUCAAAUUGGAUGAUAUCAUGUGCACUGUAUCUAGAGAGAAUACCAGAAGGAACACAAGUACAAGCACGUGAAUUUUAUCUAUUGUCAUUUGAUGAAGAACAAAAGAAAAGUUAUAUAGUCACUCAAAACAAUGUAUCAGAGGUUGAUCGAGACAUUGUAUCAAUACUUGAAAAAACAAAUAGCUAUAAAAAGAGACAAGUAACAGAGGUUUAUGGAGUUAAAUAUGAAAUUGGUGAUUUCACUGUAAAGUUUGGACCUAUUACAUUGAGAGCAGAGACAAGAGGUAUAUUGGUGGAAGUUGAAUAUUGUGCAUCAUUGGUUACGACUGCAUCUCCUUUUAAUUCCUCAAAAUUACUAUCAGAAUUUAUCAAUAACAAUCUACUCAAUAAUCUAUCUUCAUCCAAUACACCAACACUCAUGUCACCUACCAUGGCACAAGGAGUAGGUGUAUCACCUCAACAACAACAACAACAACAAACUGAACAGAUACAGACAUCAUAUGAUUUUAGUCAAUACCAAGUAUUGACAUCAAAAUACUCUGAUGCUCAUACAAGUUGUCAAUAUGUAAAUUUCUUUAAAAAUAUCCUUAAACAAUAA